CAGGAUCAACUUCAAACACAUGAUUUGCUGCAUAUAUCCUCUGUCUUUGUGGAAACCAGACAUUUCUCCUCAGGACUGUCUAUGAGCAUUAGAGGAGAUCUAUCCAAUAAACCACAUUUGACUCUGAACACAAAAGAUCCAGGAUGGAAUAUUUGUGUUGGUUCUUGCCUGUUUGUAUUAGUUUUCUACUGGUUGGAGCUUCACUGGCCAAUGAAACUGUAUCAUCAAAUAACACAACAAGACCUCCAGAUGGGAACAGUUCACAACAGCAACUACUCACUUCAUCAUUGAUCCUGCUUACUAUGUUCAUCAUUUUCAUUCUUCUGACUGGCUGUUUUUGCAGGUUCAGGAAGCAUAGGAAAGCGGUUGUGAACACCAGUGACAAAAAAAUGCCAAAUGGAAUCUUAGAAGAGCAAGAGCAACAAAGGGUGAUGCUGCUCAGCAGGUCUCCCUCAGGCCCAAAGAAGUACUUUCCAAUUCCAGUGGAGAAUUUGGAGGAAGAAAUCAGGAUAAGAUCGGCAGAUGAUGGGAAACUGUUUCGUGAAGAAUUUAAUUCAUUAACAGCAAGCUAUGUGCAAGGAACAUUUGAAAUGGCGAACAAAGAAGAAAAUAGAGAGAAAAAUAGAUACCCCAACAUCCUUCCUUAUGAUCAUUCCAGAGUGAUAUUGACCCAAAUGGAUAGUGUUGCAGCAUCAGACUAUAUCAAUGCUUCAUAUAUAGAUGGUUACAAAGAAAAGAAUAAGUUUAUAGCAGCUCAAGGCCCUAAACAAGAAACAGUUAAUGACUUCUGGAGGAUGAUAUGGGAACAGAAGUCGGCAACUAUCGUUAUGUUAACAAACUUGAAAGAGAGAAAAGAGGAUAAAUGUUAUCAAUACUGGCCUGAUCAAGGAUGCUGGACUUAUGGAAAUAUCAGAGUUUCAGUAGAAGAUUGCAUAGUUCUUGUGGACUACACCAUUCGCAAGUUUUGUAUUCAGUCACAGCUUCAUGAUGGCUGUAAAGCUCCAAGGCUUGUAACACAGCUUCACUUUACCAGCUGGCCUGAUUUCGGAGUGCCUUUCACACCCAUAGGGAUGCUGAAGUUUCUAAAAAAAGUCAAAACACUGAAUCCUUCACAUGGUGGACCAAUUGUGGUUCAUUGUAGUGCUGGUGUAGGUCGAACAGGCACAUUUAUUGUAAUAGAUGCCAUAAUAGAUAUGAUGCAUUCUGAACAGAGAGUUGAUGUUUUUGAGUUUGUCGCAAGAAUCCGUAACCAGCGCCCGCAAAUGGUUCAAACCGAGAUGCAGUAUUCAUUCAUAUAUCAGGCCUUGUUGGAAUACUACCUCUACGGUGACACAGAACUAGAUGUGUCCUCCUUAGAAAAGCACCUACAAACAUCACACAGUACAACUCCCCAUCUUGGACAAAUGGGGCUAGAAGAAGAAUUUAAAAAAUUAACAAAUGUUCGGAUAAUGAAAGAAAAUAUGAGAACUGGCAAUCUGCCAGCAAAUAUGAAGAAAGCCAGGGUCAUCCAGAUAAUUCCAUAUGACUUUAACAGAGUGAUUCUUUCAAUGAAAAGAGGUCAAGAGUAUACAGACUAUAUCAAUGCUUCCUUCAUAGAUGGAUACCGCCAGAAGGAUUAUUUUAUUGCAACCCAAGGACCACUUCCUCAUACAGUGGAAGACUUCUGGAGAAUGGUGUGGGAAUGGAAAUGUCACACGAUUGUUAUGCUUACAGAAGUUCAAGAAAGGGAGCAAGAAAAAUGUUUUCAGUACUGGCCAUCGGAGGGCUCUGUUACUCAUGGAGAUAUAAAUAUAGAAAUAAAAAAUGACUGUCUCAUAGAUGCCAUAAGUAUAAGGGACUUCAUCAUCACAUACAAUCAGACUCAUCAGGAGAAGCAAAGCAGACUCGUCCGCCAGUUUCAUUUUCAUGGAUGGCCUGAAAUUGGAAUUCCAGCUGAAGGAAAAGGAAUGAUUGACCUUAUUGCAGCUGUCCAAAAACAGCAGCAGCAGACAGGAAACCAUCCAAUUACUGUGCAUUGCAGUGCUGGAGCUGGAAGAACAGGUACUUUCAUAGCACUCAGUAAUAUUCUGGAACGAGUAAAAGCUGAAGGGCUGUUAGAUGUAUUUCAAGCUGUGAAGAGCUUACGACUGCAAAGGCCACACAUGGUGCAAACACUGGAACAGUAUGAAUUCUGCUACAAAGUGGUACAAGAUUUCAUUGAUAUAUUUUCUGAUUAUGCUAAUUUUAAAUGAAAUUUCCUGCCUUAUUUUUUUUAAUUUAAUAGCCAAUGUAUAUAUUUGUAAAUCUUGUUAAUUUAUUUCAUAUUUGUCAUUCUGAUUCUUGACUCAUACCAUUAAUGGUAUUACUUUGCAUUUUGUUCUCAAAGUUACAUUUGCUGCAUAAACUUGUAAGUUGAUAAAGCAGAUAUCUUUUAAUAUUAAGUGUUCAUAUACAAUACAUCCAUGUGGUAUAAGAUGUUAUAUACAUCUUUGUUCUAAAUAAUGGUAAAAUCUUCAAUUUUACCUUUAUUGAAUGUUUUAAUUAAAAUAUGUCAGUGAUUAAUUUUCCUUGGUUAGCAGUGUUUAAAUUUUCCAAAGCUGUUUUAUUUUCAUAUAGAAAACUGAAUCAUAGCAAAUAUUUUUAUUUGACCUGGGACCUUCUCACAUUAAAGUCAGUAGCAAAAAAUUGAUUUUAUCAAGUCAUAUUCUGAUACCCUUAGUCGCAGUGAGCUGCAGCUUGCUCCAUGAAUAGCUUCACUAGAAGCAACUACACAUUUUACAGGGUAAAGUGCUAUUCACUGGGUGCAUCUACAUGUGAAAUUAAGGUGAAGCAAUGAACUCUGGACCUGUCGGAGCUGGACUAGACUGCUCCUGGGUCCUCAGUUUGAGCUGGGGUAGAGCAGGCCUGGGCUGGCAGGGGACACAAGGGGUCAGCCCUAGGCUCCAGGUGGUGGC